AUGUCUGCCGAGUACCAGAACCAGGACCCCAUCAAGCUCGCCACCCAGGCUGAGCAGGACCUCAACUCCCACACUGCUAAGCACGGCCACAACGCUGACCUUUCUUCCAACCACGCCGCCGAGUCUGGUGUUGAUGAGAGCGUCCGCAACAAGUUCCCCGGUGCCGAUGUCACCUAUGGUAGCGCCGCCUCCGGUGCUGGCAACAACAGAGACAUCCCCUUGAGCGAGGGUGGUGACAUCAACCCCUCCACCGGCAAGCUCUACAAGGCUGGUGACUUCGAGGGUGCUGGCGGUCCCGAGACCAAGGCCCAGAUCCACCGCGAGAACGCUGGUGGCAACGACGAGGUCCGCUCCAACAUCCGCAACUAA